AUGCAGCGCGUUUCCUUAUCUUCAGCGGAAAUAAUCGCCGGCAAUCAAGACCUCCUAACCGAAAUUCUCAUCCGAGUACCUGCAAAACCUCUACUGAAGUUCAAGUGUGUAUCAAAACAGUGGCUCUCUUUAAUUUCUGACCCAAAAUUCUGUAUCUGGAAUGCUUCCCACCAACGAAUCCUAAACCCCACACCCGACGCCCUCUUGCUGAACAAUUUUUACUCUUCCACUCCUACUUUUCAGUUCGUCCCUCUCGAAGGUGAUGGUGCAUCUUCUUAUUCUAAAGUUGCUGUCUUUGACGAUUUGAAUGUGUCUCCUUAUUUUCGGCUUAAGAUAAAGAAUUCUUGCAACGGAUUGAUCCUUUGUAUGUCCAUCUUCUGUGGCCGCGGUUUUGACGAUGCAGGUUCUGAACUCAAGGUUAUGAACAGACCACAUUGUGAAAGUUUGAAGAUAAUGCCAAUGCCUCCUAUAUUUUCAACUGUAAACAGAUUUCGGGAAAUUAUGUACUUUGGGGAAUCUAGGGGUCAUUUGCACUCGGCAGGCAUAAGAAGCCGUUUCGUCUUUGAAUUUGAUGUUUGGGAGAUGGCAUCUGAUUAUUCUAGAUGGUCUUUGCUGCACCAUGUGAGUCCUCAUCGUAUAAAAAGGGCAUUUCCUGAACAAAAGUUUGAUGCAUUUUCAAUAUUGAAUGUUCUUCAGGCUGAAAAGGAAGAAAAGUCGAAGGUUGUGAUAUCGGUUGACAGUAGAGCCAUGUCCUUGAAUCUUUUUGAUGAUACAUCGAAGAAGCUUAGUGAUUUAGCACCAGGACUUGAAUUUCCUGCCGAAUUGGGUUAUGAAGGGCAUGAUGCCUUUCAAUACUUUCAGUCCCUUGUUUGUGUUUGGGGGUAA